UACUGAAACCUUCCCACCAAUUGGAGUUAAGAACCAAAAUUUGACAAUCUUGUGAAGGCCAUUUCCUGCUUCAACAUAAAAAUUCACAAGAGCAUGAGCUAGCCUUCUGACUCUUCGUCAUCGACCUCGUUGAUGCCGUCCCCCUGUGGCCCGCAUCACCAACACCUCCAUGCCUCCAAAACUACCCCGAUUCAAGAGAAAAAUCCCUCAUGAAGGCGCUGGCCGCCGCACCCACCCCUUAAUCUGGCUCUUAGCCGUCAUCUGCGUCAUCAUCGCCGUCGCCGUUGUCAUCGUCGGCCUCGUCGUCUUCAUCGGCUACCUCGUGAUCCACCCUAGGGUUCCGGUGAUCAGCGUCACCAACGCUCACUUAGACCUCCUCCGAAACGACUACGCAGGUCUUAUGGAGACGCAGAUCACCGUAGUGGUGAGAGCUCAGAACGGGAAUGCGAAGGCUCACGCGACGUUCUCCGAUAUCAGGUUCAACCUGACGUUCCAGGGUCAGGGCAUCGCGAUGCUUGUUGCGGACCCUUUUGAGGUUCCCAAGAACAGUUCGAGGGAUCUGAAUUAUGUGGUUCAGUCUUCGUCUAUUCCGUUAACUCCUGAUCAGAUGGAGCGAAUAAACCAGGCAUGGAAGCAGAAUGAGAUUGCUUUUGAUCUCAAAGGAGAUGCCAGAACUCAGUGGAGGGUCGGCCCUCUGGGUUCUGUAAAAUUCGCUUGCCAUUUGAAUUGCAGGCUCAAGUUUCAUCCCAUGAAUGGCUCUUACAUUCCCUCGCGCUGCACUUCCAAGUCAAAAUGAUAUUUCUUAUAUAUAUAUAUAUAUAUAUAUAUAUCAUACUCGUUUCUUCUUCUUUCCAUAUAGCAACAUAUAUAAAACCUUCUUCCUCCUCCUCCUCCUUCAAAGUGGAGAUGUUUAGGAACUGAUGAAGAACCUUGAUCUUCAGAAUGAUAUAAUACUUAAUAUAUUACAGUCUCAUGGGAGGUGAAUUAUAUUUUGAUGUCUAUUUCAUUUUCAACUUGUAAUAUGAUGAGUCUGAUCAUUUGUCAUAA